AUGGUUCAUUUAUAUUGUGAUAAUAAUGCGAACGAAGUUAUUGUUAACGACAAUACUCGAGAUAAUUCGAACAAAUUGAUGGAAACCGACAAUUUUUCGAAAGGCUCCAUAUCACGAGAAACCUCUCCUCAUCUCCAGAACUCGAAUAGAUCGGAAGGUGGCUCAGAAAGUUCGGACCAUUCGAUUGAUAAUUUGAAGACUCGAGCUUCAUCGAGCCCAUCGUCCUCAAAUCCUCACAGUCCUCUUUCUCCUCCAACCUCCAAGCUGAAUAUGCAAAUUGUCUAUGAGCAUCUGUAUGACUUUGGUAAGCCCAUUUUGGCAAAGGAUGACAUGGAACUGAUCAAGAAAGCAUAUGAUGCGAAGUUUUAUUUAAAUGGGAGUAAGCGAAACAUAACAAAGAGGGAAAGUACAACGAUAAUGGAACGCUUAUUCGGAGCAAUUAUGAUUACAGUGGAAGCGUCAUCACGCCCAUUCCCGUACAGAGAUCGCAAUGUGACCAACAUACUCGAUGCAUUUGAUAUUAUCAAAGAUAAAAUGGAUAACGAACCAAGUCUGUCAAACAAGAAGAGAAUGGCAAAAUGGAAAAAGAUGCUGAGUAAACAAGUAAGAUAUAUUUAUGACACCCAGUAUAUCAAAAACGUCACUGUUCGCAUAAUCCUUGACCAGUAA